UAUAUAUUAUAUGGCUUUUGAAGUUAGUUUUUAUGUACAUACGUGUCAGUAAAUAUUUGAUGUAUUAUGUGAAAUAUUAUUUUUAUAAUAUCACAAAAUUUGUUUAAAAGUUUUUUUACCAUAAUUGCAUGUGUAUGGUAUUUUGAUGUAUAUGAGUUGUGAAGUUAUCAUAUAUAAGCAUUACAGUCUCUGGUAAAACAACAGUUUCCUUGAUAGAUGAUCCCACACUGGGUAUAAAUUACAUAAUGGAAAAAGAAGAAGGUGUUGGAUCAGUUACAUUUUUUGAUGAUAGUGAUCACAGUGAUGAUCAUUAUAAUUCUAUUCAGGAAGUUACAAUCUCCACUAUAAUUAAAAGUUUAUCCCAAAAUACCAAUGCUUCAAAGGAAAACAACAAUGCAUCUCUAUCCACUGAUAAGAUGUUCUAUAAGAAGAACAAUAAACGAAAUGCCAAAAAAAUAGAGAAAAUAGAGCAAGAUGAUCCCAUAUCUAAACGACUCAAGGCAGAGAGUAGAGCUUCAAAACCAAAACUUAUUCAUAAAGAGUCGGAGUAUUUAACAAUAUCAUCUCAUGAAGAAGAAGACAGUAGGACUAACAAAAUUGAAAGCGUUAAUAAUAAUGCAUUAUUAAAUAAUGCAAGUAACGCUUUUAACGAAGAUGCGAACACCAUUCUAGAAAAGGAACUAGUAGUUACAAGCACUUCUGUUUCUCAUUCAUGUAACGAUUAUCUAGCAAUUAAUAAAGAAAGUAGUACAGGAAUAUGUGAUAAUCAGAGCUUGUUAGACAAUGAACAAUUAUCACAGGUUACUAUAGAGUGUCAAAUGGUCAUAAUAGGUUCUUAUAAAUGUAUUCCUAAGGAAAAUGUAAUUAUUUCCCAUACUGGUGUACGAUUUAACGUACCUUUAUUAGAAGAUGCUACAAGUUUUGUUACUCUGGACGUAAAAUAUAAGGAUAUAUGUAAGCUGUUGGUUCAUUUUGGGAUUUCAUUGCCAGUAUUAUUCUUUUAUACAUCACCAAGUUCAGGUGCUAUGAUACGUGAGUUAUUAGGAAUGAAAGAUCCAAACGGACCAUAUUAUGAUCCUAUUGGAAAAUAUGAUUUUAUGCAUAGACGUAUUACAGUAUUGUCAAAUAAGUUACUGGACUAUUCAAGACCCAAAUUAAACAGUAUAUUUUCACCUACAAAUAAAAUAGAUGAAUUAAAUUCUAAAGAAGCGCAUAAUAUAUUCGUACGAGCAUCACCUAGGGAUAAUCAGCAAUCGCAUAAUACUGUUACACGAAAACAGAAUCAAAGCUCUGUACCAAAUAUUGUCGAUGGUAAUGACAACAUACAAGCAAUAACCAUAUAUCCACCACCUCCUGCAAAAGGGGGAAUAGCCAUCAACACUGAAGAUUAUUUAUGCCUAGCGGAAGAUCAGUUUUUGAAUGACGUGAUUAUAGAUUUUUAUUUAAAAUAUCUAAUUUUAGAGAUAUUAUCAGAAUCUGAUCAACGCAGGACUCAUAUGUUCAGUUCGUACUUUUAUAAACGCUUGAUCAGACCACAUGCUCAAGCUGAUGAAAGCGUUGUGCCAAUGACGCCUGCUGCGAAACGACAUGCAAGAGUACAGAAAUGGACAAAGAAUGUCAAUAUAUUUGAGAAAGAUUUCAUUAUAAUUCCUAUCAACAAAUACAAACAUUGGUUCUUGGCUAUUAUCUGUUUUCCUGGACUAGUUGGAAAAGUUUCCACGCCUGCUAAGAAAACAAUAAAAAAUGAUGUCCAAAAGGUUGUAAAAAAGUUGAAAAAAUUGAAAACAAAAGCCAUUACAAUUGGUUCUACAAUCACUCCUGUACCUACGACGAUAACGAUAGAUCAGCUGGAUGAUGAAUUUGAGAAGGAUGAAGUUGAAGGUGAUGAUGAUGAUGAGAUGGAAAUAGACAGUGACAAAGAGGACGAGACGGAACGACCAGAGGAAAAUACAAUUCAAACUCAAAUUAAACUUGAGCAGCAAAAGGAAAUUGUCAAAAUUCCAUGCAUAUUGAUAUUUGAUUCGCUUGCUGGCACCAGUAGAUCACGAGUAAUCGCUACGUUAAGGGAUUAUUUAAGUUGCGAAUAUGUUAGUAAAUUUGGUGCAGAAAAGACAUUUUCAAAAGAUACGAUUAAGGGAGCAUACCCGAAAGUACCCCAACAAUCAAAUUUGACUGAUUGUGGAUUGUAUGUAUUACAGUAUGUCGAAAGUUUUUUUAAGGAUCCAAUUAAAGAUUAUACUUUGCCAAUUAAAACUUUGAAAACAUGGUUUGAGGAAAUUAUUGUGACAAGAAAAAGAGAGGAGUUAUCAAAACUAUUAAUUAGAUUAAUAAAUAACACCAAAGGGAACAAAACUAUCAGUUUGCCCACUAUUAAUUUCCCCACGUCCGACGGUAAAUUAAAACCGAAGAGCGAAACUCAGACAGAUACAAAAGCUGCAAAGCCGGAAGGGGAAAACAAGGAAAAGUCUACAAAUGUAGAGACAGAAACACGCAUUGUCUCAAUUGUGACAGAAAAUACUGAACCGUCUAAUGAAUUUAUUAGUAGUAGAACUUACCAUAUUACUCCUUGUUCUCUCCAAGUUCUACCGACUAACACGACCGAGAGUAAUACAACGGAAUUGAAUUUGACUGAACACAAAACUACAAAGUUGAUAUCAAGAAGACAGGAUCAAGACGAUUCUCCUACUAUUAAAAAACACAAAGGAGAGUCCUUUAAUUCUUGUAAAUAAGUUUUUUUCUACAUUGAUAAGAUUAUAAUGUUAAUCCUCAUUUACGAAAAAUACAUGAAAUUAUUUAUUUUAACAUAUAUAAAUAAAAAUAUGUAUAGUUAAUUUCUUCGAAUAAGACUUUGAAUAAAACUAUUUAAUUUCGCAGA